GUCCGGCUCGCACUUGCGAAGUAACAGGCAAAAUGAACGCGUCGCACGCGCUUCGAUAUUCUUGCAUCUUAACGUUGUUUCUAUGUCUAACAUACUCUACGGCCUUGGGACAUAGUUCACAAAAUGAGGAUGUCAACGUGAAAAAGGUUCAAGUGUACGAUGGUGUUUAUGUGACGGUGCCCAAAGGGAAUGACACGGACAGACUGGUCUCAUUGGAAAUUCAAACACAAGAUGACUCGGAGAUCGAAACAGGUCGAGGGAAGAAAGUUAAAUCGAAAAAGUUAUUGCAGAAGUUGCUGCCAAUGUUCAUCAUGCCCUUUUUGAUACAAUCAGCAAUCGUUCCGUUCUUUUUAAGUAUGCUUAAAUUCAUGCUGUUCAAGAGUCUCAUGGUUGGGAAGCUAGCUUUAGGACUUAUAAUGUUAAACGCCUUUAAGAAUAGCAAUUCCUUUAAAGGCAGGGAUGCUGAAAUAGCAAACGUACAUUACGGUUACCAUGGCAACAGUAUGCACGAAUAUGGAGCAUACAUUAAUUAAAAAUAUUCGUCGCAAUAGAUAUAAAUUGCCCAUCCCAAAGUCAUUUUAGUAAUAGUUAUUUAUUUUGUUAAUUUAAAAUUAACUUGUGUAGUUAAAGCAAAGUAUUUAAUUGUGCAAUAAGCUUACAGCUGACAACCUUAUUAUUUUCCAUACUCCAUAUAAAUAAUGUUUUAGUCUUGUCUAUGAGAAGAACUGUAACAAAUCCUGAAUACUCUGAAUUGAAUUACGCAUGGCUCUCAACUUUUGAUUUAUUUUCAUUUUAUUUAUUCAUUUUAACUGUUAUUCAUUUUAUUUAUUUAAUUUUAUAAAUCGAGUUAAUUAUACAUUGUUCACUUAAAUAAAUUGUAUAACAUACUGUUGUAUUGUUAGUAAGUAGAUAAAUUAGAUAGGAUGAAAAAAUUAAAAUUGUUACUUAUUUUAGUUGCUUCUAAGAAGUGUUUAAGUGCUAAGAUAAGAAGCAGCCAGAAGCUAAGAAAAUUUUAGGAGACUAAAUUAA